AUGUCGCCAACCCACAUACCCUUGGGGUUGUUGAGCCAAGCAGGUUCCUAUAAAACUGCUAAUUUGCAGGACACACAAAAAGAGAGCAUUCAGUUAGUGUCUAAGACUGAACACGGAAAGAAUGCUUCUAGUUCAUCUGCGAAGGCCCAAGAGACUCCACAUGCUACCUCUGCCAGGAUCCUGUCGAGUAAUUCGCGCCUUUCUCUACCAUCUCAUCCAACCAACGCUCCGCAAAAGAACGCCGCCAGCACUUCAAAGACAUAUGCAUCAUCUAGUUUCAUCAGCCCAAGUCACUGGAGGGAAACUAGUGCAUGUAAUGAACCAGGUGUUGUUGAUCCACAUGACGAUUUCCUUGAUACUCCUCUUGAGGCUGUCAGAAAUACUAUCAGGAAUCCUAAAACUCGCGAAGAAGCACUGGCUCUUGCUGCUGCUCCUCCCCAAGAUAUAGAGUUAAAUAUCUCUGAUGAUGUUCAAGCCAUCAACAGUGCCACUCAAGGUCUCAACAACAUACCAGUUCCCAAGCAGCGAAGAACGAUUUCAGUCCUUCCAUCAAACAAAGGUUUCAAAUACACAGAACCUGUAAGAAAGAAAGCUGACCGGGAGAAUUUGAAAGGUGUUGAAUGCAAGCAGUGCAAGAAGUUCUAUGAUGCAGUGCUUCCUGAUGGCCGUGUGAAUGGUAAUGACAUGGACUCGACAACCAUGAGGUGUGAACAUCAUGAUGGCGUGUCUGGACAUAGGUACAGUUAUGCCCCUCCAUCGACGCCUGAAGGGUUUUGGAACAUCGGAUUUGAAUCAGAAAUGUAG